UUCUGCUUCUUCCUCGCGAGCCAUGUUUGGGUUUGGUGUUUCUUCAGCCACCGCCGCCGCCUCAGCCGUUCCCAACCCCAACUCUGUGAACGGUCCCAUUCUUGGUGCUUCGCUUUACAACCCUUCUUGUCACUUAAAUACCUCUUGUUUCAGUUCUUACCUGCUCGCAAGAACUGAGUUCCGUUCUUCUUCACUGCGCUGGUGCUAUAUUCCAAUCAAAGCCAUGGCGGAUGCUGACACACUUUCAGUCCCUAAAAGUGCUUCUUCAUGCUCUGCUGCUGGCAACAAGCAAGCAUUAAUAUCAUUGUCGGACAAGAAGGAUCUUGCUUUUCUUGGGAAAGGGCUCCAGGAAUUAGGAUAUACUAUUGUUUCAACUGGGGGAACAGCUGCUGCACUAGAGAGUGCUGGAGUGACUGUUACUAAAGUUGAACAGCUUACCCAGUUUCCUGAAAUGCUCGAUGGUCGUGUAAAAACUUUGCACCCCAGUGUACAUGGGGGUAUUCUUGCACGAAGAGACCAAAAGCAUCACAUGGAAGCUCUUAAAACACAUGGAAUUGGUACUUUUGAUGUUGUGGUGGUGAAUUUGUACCCAUUUUAUGAUAAAGUCACAUCAGCCGGUGGCAUUGAAUUUGAGGAUGGGAUUGAAAAUAUUGACAUUGGUGGUCCAACAAUGAUCAGGGCUGCUGCAAAGAAUCACAAGGAUGUUUUGGUGGUUGUUGAUUCUGAAGACUACCCUGCCCUUAUUGAAUAUUUGAAAGGAAACCAGAAGGAUCAGAAAUUCAGGAGGCAGCUUGCUUGGAAGGCUUUUCAUCACGUUACUUCUUAUGAUUCUGCUGUAUCUGAGUGGCUAUGGAAGCAGAACGGGGGAGAUAAAUUUCCUCCUGGCCUAACAGUGCCUCUUUCACUGAAAAGUCAUCUUCGAUAUGGUGAAAAUCCUCAUCAAAAAGCUGCUUUUUAUGUUGAUAAAAGUCUUUCUGAGUUUAAUACUGGUGGUAUAGCAACAGCCAUACAACAUCAUGGAAAGGAGAUGUCAUAUAAUAAUUAUCUAGAUGCAGAUGCUGCUUGGAACUGUGUGUGUGAGUUUAAGAACCCCACAUGUGUAGUAGUAAAGCAUACAAAUCCAUGUGGGGUAGCCUCACGAGAUGAUAUUCUUGAAGCCUAUAGGCUUGCUGUGAAAGGUGAUCCAGUGAGUGCAUUCGGUGGAAUUGUAGCUUUCAAUGUGGAAGUUGAUGAGGCUCUUGCAAAGGAGAUUAGAGAAUUUAGAAGCCCAACUGAUGGGGAGACAAGGAUGUUUUAUGAAAUCGUAGUUGCGCCUAGCUAUACAGAGAAGGGGCUUGAGGUGCUUCGUGGAAAGUCCAAAACUCUAAGGAUUCUUGAGGCCAAAAAGAACGAGCCAGGAAAGCUUUCACUUCGGCAAGUCGGCGGAGGGUGGUUAGCUCAGGAUUCAGAUGAUGUAACCCCAGAAGACAUCCAAUUUAAUGUAGUCUCUGAAAAGUCUCCACAGGAGAGUGAACUUUGCGAUGCAGAGUUUGCGUGGUUGUGUGUGAAGCACGUCAAAAGCAAUGCUAUUGUGAUAGCAAAGGACAAACGUAUGUUAGGCAUGGGAAGUGGACAGCCGAACCGUCUGGAGAGUUUAAGAAUAGCUAUGAGAAAGGCUGGAGAUGAGGUUAAAGGGGCAGCUUUAGCUAGUGAUGCUUUCUUCCCAUUUGCUUGGAAUGAUGCAGUGGAAGAAGCAUGUCAAAGUGGAAUAGGUGUAAUUGCAGAACCGGGUGGUAGUAUCAGAGACAAGGAUGCUAUAGAUUGUUGCAACAAGUAUGGUGUUUCACUAUUUUUCACCAAUUUGAGGCACUUCAGGCAUUAAUUAAUAAUGGGAAGAUGAUGAGUUUGAAUGUUUACUAUUCUGUUUUGGGACUCACAAGCUCAAAUCUGCUUUUCACCAUUUCAAGUGGCUGAAUGAGUAAGAUUGUGAUGCCAUCCUUUUUGUAGACUGGAAAAAAAAAAUAGUGUAAUAAUGUUCCCCAUCUUUCUUUAAUGUUAACUAAACCUUCCGGUGCAUCUAAUAAAACUGGAACUAGCUAAACCUUAUCGUUUGUUUCCACUGAAUAAAUGAUGGUUGAUUACAUGAUA